UUGGGGAGGGGAUUUUACUCGGACCCGUGCAGCCCUGCAGCAUCUGGCCUGUAGCUGGCUUGCAUCUGGCCAGCUGAAAAUUCAGCCGGAGGAGUUGACAUCCAUCUGCACCCAUGGCCCGACAUGGCUCAGGGUGCAGUUUGAGGUUAAAGCUAAAACAAUCCUUUUUUUUCUAGGAACGAUGCCUUGGGCAAGGCCUGUCUGAUCUGGGAGAUUUGAUGUUCUCAAGAAAAAAAAAAAAAAAAGAAAAAAAAACUUCUCUACUUCAAAGCCAUGUCUUUCCCCUACUUAUAGGGGUUGUAACAAACAGAUCUUGUGAUCUUACAUGGUCAAUCACAGCUCUAGGCUUGUCGUAGCCCACUCUGUCAGUGACCUCCUUGUCACAAGUCCAGAGAAGGGGGAAAAGAGCCAAAAAGGAAAAUGCCAGUGUGAUGUGUAGGGUCAGCUUGAAUAGCAGUUAUACUUGGGAAAGCUGUGACCCAUUGGUAAGUGUUGCUCGAGCCGGAGCAGAGGAUCUGCACACCGAAUCACAGAAUUAUCAGUCAUCCAUUUCCCUGUAACCGCAGCAGGGAGGAGACAAUGAAACAGCCAAAGCACACGCUUCCUAAGAUUUAAAAGAGCAUUUUGAAAUAAAUGCCUGGAAUAUUUAGGCUAUGCAAAUGUUCAGCCAGGUCACAAGCCAACUGCAGGCGCCGCACGUGAGCAAAGCCCAUCCGCACGACGACGUGGCGGGCCGUCAGCGGGUUUUUCAUCAGCAGAGCCAUGACCUCCAGGGAGCCGUCCUAUGCUGAUUUACUGCUGUGAUUUCAGCCAGGCAUCUCUUGGUGGGGUGGGACUGACCGCCUAGCACGUGUUUUGAGGGGUGUUAGAGGAAUUCGUUUGAGCCCUGGCGUUUACAAGAGCGCUGCCCAGCACUGCGGGGGUGUGAACCCUCUCCCUCCCGCGGGGUGGGUGCUUUGCUGUUUGUGCCUGUUUGGAUGGGGUUUUAUAAUCUCUUUCAGGCUCGGUUUGUAAGUCUUCUGGGUAAUGAGUUCGAUGCUUUUUGUAGUUCUAGGGCUCGGUAAUUGCUUGGCUCCUUUCCAGUUGAUGCUCCCCGCGCACAAAGAGGGAAGUGUGCUCCUCGUUAUUAGGGCUUUGAUGUAUGUGCCUUCCUCUAAACGACAUGAGGAGAGGGUUUGUCUGCGCUGCCUUUUGCUGGGGUGGGGCUACGAUGCCCACGAGGGCCAAGGGUGGAAUUGGACAAACAGAAGGACACAUGCAGGGGAUAGUUUUGGGAGCACAUGCCCCUUGGUGGCUCUGAGCAGACUGGGCAGCUCGGCAUGCCGUCAGUGCCUCCAGAUGCAUGCAGGCGCUCGGAGGGAUGCGAGAGCACGCUCUGCUCUUGGCUGCUCUUUAAAGAGCAGCAACAGCUCUCUGCAGAUAGAGGCUGUUUUGUACUAGAAACAGCAUUGUUCCGUGUCAGUCAGCAGCACCGUGAACACGUUUGGGCGUGAGCGCCCUGAUAGAACAGCUUGAGCCAGAGCAGCCUCCUGCUGCAGUGGGCAUCCUUGGGAAAAGUACGGGUUUGGGGUUAAAGCAUUCCCAGCAUGGGGAGAAAGCUUGGUAUGCUCCCCAGAAAGAACAUCAGAUUUUCUAGAAAUUCAGCCAAUUCGUCUGCAACAUUUAAUUUCUACUCUAGAAUGCCUGUGUGCUACAAUGGAGAAUGAAACCUCUGGGGGAGGUGGUUUGGUUCAAACUGUGUGUGUGCCAGGGAGAAACUGCUAAAAUGAUAAAAACCUGGGCUCCAUACGUAUACUCAUGUUUUGUUGUAUGGAAAAUAUAAUAUUUAUUGGGCAAGUUGAAGCAAAAUAACAGCUUUCCCCUUUACUCUGGAAGUUAAUCUCAAGUGAACUUACACUGAGAUGUGUAAGUCCAGGAACUUGAAGUGAAUGGAAAAAUUAAAUUAGUUCUUAAAGGUAUCUUAGAGGAGGUAACUUGGCAGGAGUCUAGCUGAUUUAACAUUAACACCCAGAAAGCAUAAGGGACUGUAAGUUAACUGUCAUUGGCUUCCAUCUCCUUUCACCCUAUGGAAGAUUUUCCUCCCAUUCUUCUGUUUUCUGACCCUUUUGAAUGCAAACAAAAUUAACUCAGCUUUUCAAUUCAGUGAAACCUUUUAAUCCUGUCUGUGUAUGAAACACUUCACACCACACUGUGGCACUUCAUAGUAGAUUAAAUUAACUCUUCUGUAUACUCCUGAACAGUAAGAGACCCUCAACAUAUAAAAUAAAUCUGUGCAUAAAAAGAGUUUAGUAGAAGGCUGAAUGUUUUCCAGUCCCUCAGAGCCAUGCAGAUCCGUGUUUCCAUCACAUGCCCGUGUACCUGUAUAGGUUCAGCCAGAUGCCUGACUUCUGUGGAUGUCACAGAGUCCUGCAGCUUUUUCUCUCCUUUUCCUUUAGAGCAAAAUCUGCUGUCUUCUGAAAACCUCCUGGAGACUGCAACUGCUGCCUGCUGGCUGCUUCCAGGCAGUCACACAUCUUCCCUUCCAUGCCUUGUGUUGUGGGAGGACUGCUUACCCCUCUCCAGGCUCUGUUGCAGGUUUGUAAUGCAGAGAUGCCACAGCACCUGUCUACUCAACCAGUGGUGUCGCCCCGAUGUUUCCAGUCCUGGCUUCUGUGUUGGAAUGGCUGCAGAAGACGGGGCCAUGAGGACGGCCUGGCAGGGGAAGGCCGGUCGCAGCCCGCUCCAGGCCCUGUACGAGAGUGACCAGUUGGAGCAGUCAUCGCUGCAGGCAGUUCACCAGCAGAGACGCGAGCUGUUGAGCAACGUCUGCAGCCGUUACACCCGCAAGCGGCGUCUCCUGCGGCCGGAUGACUUGCGGCACUUGGUGGUGGAUGACACGCACGGGCUGCUCUACUGCUACGUGCCCAAAGUGGCCUGCACUAACUGGAAGCGGGUGAUGAUGGUCCUGACGGGGCAAGGCAAGUACCGGGACCCUUUGGAAAUCCCCGCCAACGAGGCCCACGUCUCGUCCAACCUGCGCACCCUCUCCGAAUACAGCAUCCCCGAGAUCAACCACCGCCUGCGCAGCUACCUCAAGUUCAUCUUCGUGCGGGAGCCCUUUGAGCGCCUGGUCUCGGCGUACCGCAACAAGUUCACCCGCAGCUACAACACGGCCUUCCACAAGCGCUAUGGGACCAAGAUCAUCCGGCGGCACCGGCAGGAGCCCAGCGACAGGGCGCUGGAGCGCGGGGACGACGUGCGCUUCGAGGAGUUCGUCUACUACCUGCUGGAUCCACGGACGCAGCGGGAGGAGCCCUUCAACGAGCACUGGGAGCGGGUGCACUCGCUCUGCCACCCCUGCAUUGUCCACUACGACGUGGUGGGCAAGUACGAGACCUUGGUUGAAGAUGCCAACUACAUCCUCCAGCUGGUGGGGGCCGACACAAGCGUCAAGUUCCCGUCCUCAUCCAAGACCACCAGGACGACGGAUGACAUGACGGCCCAGUUCUUCCAGGACAUUAGCCCCUUCUACCAGAGGAGGCUCUUUAAUUUAUACAAAAUGGACUACUUGCUCUUCAAUUACUCCAUCCCCUCUUACCUCCGCAUCCGAUGAGGCAGGGGCUGGGGGGGAGAGGUGGGAGAGAGCUGGGUAACUCUCGUUUUACCACAAAUCCUCUCCUCCCACCCUGAGCUCAUCUCUUGGUUCACUUCUUGCCGUGCCCUCCCCGUUAUGGUCUGCUCCGCAUCCUGAUGCCUCAUUCAGGCAGGGUCUGGAAGGAGGAGGCCUCACAAAACACUGGGGCCAGAGCUUUCCUUCCCUUUUAUCUCCAACAGGAGAUGUUGUGGGGGGACAGGAGGCUGCUGGCUUUGAGGGCUUGCCUUGUCUGGGGACUUUUAACUCCUCUGUAUGUCCAGUUUUGGGAAGGCUCUUUUUUUGGGCAGGAUCCCUUUGGGUCUUUCUCCUCCUCACUGGGCAUGGACUUGGGGACAGGAUGGCAUGUGUCAGAGACUUGCAUAGGACCAGAAAUAAAGCAAUAAUUUAA